CAGACAACGACUAACGAUCGUCUGACGCCACAGCCUUUGAAAUGGCGUUGAUGUAGUUCAAUACGCCGUUAUUUUGUAGUUAUUGUGCUCGUUUUGGUUCCUUCAUUUUUACAUUUCCGAUCCGAAGUGUAAACUUCUGGACUUUGCCUCUAUAUUUGAGCAUUACGGGAUUUAUAAACAAAAAUGUGGUAAAGCAAAUUGUUUAUAAUACAACGUUACGUUGCAUAAUAAGGCCGCAGCUUCCCCCGAUCUUGCUUAGGGAUUACAACGGCUUUUGUAUGCUUGGCCUGCCGCAGCUAGAUUUCGGUUUCCCGAUGGAUCCCGGUGGACAUGUGUUCCAGUAAGGGGACUCUGGAAGUGAAGUCAAAUACAACAAUCACACCUUUGUUAACGCUAUAUAUACGUUUGUAUAUCACUUAGUUUGUUCCUUCAGCCUAAGUUGGAUUUUUAGAUCAUUUCAAAACUUAUUCCCCCGACACGUCUACACACUCAAUAUGGCAUCUGUGCCACUCUACUGCUUGUGUCGCCUACCAUAUGAUGUGACACGCUUCAUGAUCGAGUGUGACAUCUGUCAAGACUGGUUCCAUGGAAGCUGUGUUGGAGUGGAGGAGGACAAAGCUACUGAGAUUGACCUGUAUCACUGCCCCAACUGUCAGGUCACUCAUGGGCCAUCUGUCAUGCGCAAACGCCGUGGAGCCAAUAAGCAGACAGAUAAUGGUGCUGCUGCUGGAGCAAGAGAUCCAAGUCGGCCUGUUAAGACAGGUAGCCCUCAGUUUGUUAGGGAGCUACGGAGCCGCACCUUCCCAGGUGCGGAUGACGUCUUGCUAAAGCCGUCUGGGGCCCAGCUGACAGUUGAGUUUCUGGAAGAACAUUCAUUCAGUGUUCCUGUCAUGGUCCUGAGGCGCGAUGGCCUUGGCAUGACCCUUCCUCCAGCGUCAUUCAGCGUCAGCGAUGUAGAGCACUACAUCGGUUCAGACAAACAGAUUGACGUGAUUGACGUGUCUCGCCAAUGUGACAUGAAGAUGCGGCUGGGAGACUUUGUUGAAUACUACAAUAGCCCCAACAGAGAAAAAGUUCUUAAUGUCAUCAGCCUGGAGUUCUCUGAAACCAGGCUCUCAAACCUGGUGGAGACUCCAAAGAUUGUGAGGAAACUAUCAUGGGUGGAAAACCUCUGGCCUGAAGAGUCUGUGUUUGAACGUCCUAAUGUGCAGAAAUACUGCCUAAUGGGAGUGAAGGACAGCUACACAGACUUCCACAUUGACUUUGGAGGAACUUCUGUUUGGUACCAUGUCCUGAGGGGCGAGAAAAUCUUCUACCUAAUUUCCCCCACUGCAGCCAACUUGGCACUUUUUGAGCGAUGGAGUUCCUCAUCAAACCAGAAUGAGAUGUUCUUUGGAGACCAAGUUGAUAUGUGUUACAAGUGCUCUUUAAAACAAGGAAACACCUUGUUCAUUCCAACAGGUUGGAUCCAUGCUGUGCUGACUCCAGUGGACUGCGUGGCCUUUGGAGGAAACUUCUUGCAUAGUCUCAACAUUGACAUGCAGCUCCGGGCAUAUGAAAUCGAGAAGAGAUUGAGCACAGCAGACCUGUUCAGUUUUCCCAACUUUGAGACCGUGUGCUGGUAUGUUGGGAAGCACCUUCUUGAUACCUUCAGAGGUUUGAGAGAAAACCGCAGACAUCCUGCCACUUACCUGGUUCACGGAGCUAAGGCCUUAAACAAUGCCUUCCGCACCUGGACCCGUAAAGAGUCUUCCUGCACUCAGGCUAUAGCCGAUCAUGAAGUUGAGAUUCCAGAAACCAUCAAUACACAGACACUAGUGAAGGACCUGGCCAAAGAGAUUCGUCUGGUUGAGGACAUCUUCCAGCAAAACAUUGGCCGCUCUGGACCUCAGUUUCCUGGUUCGCCGCUCCCUAAAGCUCCUCUGAUCACCGCACAGAAUUCAGGACGUCCCCCAGGAAAAAAGAAAGGGCCGAAGCCGAAGGAGGUGAUGGUGGGUCUCGGGCCACCAGGAGCAAAGAAGAAGGGUCAGAAGGGGUUACUUAAAGCAGAAGCAGGAGAACUUGACCUCAUUGAGAUCCACACCAAACACACCCUAAAAAAAUGUCAACAUGGAAAGUCCAAAAACAAGAACAAGCUGGAUUUGCCUUUAGACGAGUUUGAAGGGAAGCUCAAAAAAAGCAAACUGAAACUUGUUCUGACCAAUGGAAAACUCCAAGGUAAAAAGGUUGGCAGCAAUGGCGCGAGAAAGGCAGGAAAGUACAAACAUCUUGCCGUGGAGGGAUCCAGUCCGUCUGACUUGGAGUCUGAGGACGAGCUGCAGAUUGACGAGACCCCCCCUCCUGCACGACGCAAGCCUGCAGGACACGGCAAGAAAAAGAAACUAAGUGGUCUUCCGAGGAAGCUGCCCAGAGCCAAACCCUGCUCUGACCCCAAUCGCAUCAGGGAGCCAGGAGAGGUAGACUUUGACAUUGAGGAGGAUUACACAACAGAUGAAGAAGCACUAGCUGCCCACGGGGUGAAGGGUGGCGCCGGUGGCAUUCUGGACCUAUUGAAAGCCAGCAAGCAGGUGGCAGGCCUGGACUCUGCAACACUCAGUGAGGAAGCCCCAGCCUCCCCCAGUACUCGUGACGCCAUACAGGGUAUGCUGUCCAUGGCCAACCCCCCUUCCUCGUCCUCCUCUUCCUCAUCUUCGUCUCCCUUAUCCAUUUCUGGAGGCCUAACCGAGGGAUUAGGGGUGGUCAAGGAAAAGGGUGGCCGGGCAGUAUGGGUGACUGGAGGGGUCAAAAAGACGAAAAUUGCUGAGAAGAAACCCGUCAUCCAGCGGCCUGGGAAACGCCCAAUUAAACGGCCAGCCCGUCACCUUAGCGACGAGGACAGUCCAGACGAGCAAGAGACUCUGGGAACCUGUUUUAAAGAUUCUGACUAUGUUUACCCGUCCCUGGAGUCGGAUGAGGAGGACCGCGCUAACAAGGCUAAGAUGAAGCGGAAAAAAAACUGGGAUGAUACACCUUGGAGCCCGAAAGCCAGGGUAAUGCCAACGCUACCAAAACAGGAUCGACCAGCCAGGGAAGGGGCCAGAGUCGCAUCUGUGGAAACUGGUCUUGCUGCAGCUGCUGCCAAGCUGGCCCAACAAGAGCAGAAAAAGCCUGCAAGAAGGAAGUACACCAAAAAGCAGCGUCCUCCAGCUCCUGUAGCCUCUCCUCCCCCGGUUCAGACAGAGCCAGCCCCACCUUCGCCACCACCUGCUCCAGAGACUGCAGCAGACCUCAGCCCAGACAGGAGGAUGGAUUAUUACUCUGCAAGUCUGAUGGACCAUGAAUACACUGCAGGGCCAGGACCAUUCGGCCCUGGAGGGCCUAGAGGCAGCGGAGCCAUGGCCCCGGGUGUGUUCCUCACUUCACGCCGACCUUCACUUUCUCCGCAGAACAGCAGCUCACACUCCGGUGUCUCCCCCGCAGGUUUAACUAGCCAAGGAACAACAGGAGUCGGUCAAGGGAAACGUCCAAAGAAAGGACUUGCAACCGCAAAACAGAGACUCGGAAAAAUUCUGAAAAUUCAUCGGAACGGCAAACUUCUCCUGUGAGCGUUGUUGGAAAAGUGGCUGAAAACUUAAAAAGUGGGAAUGAAGAAAAAGACUUUUGUGAAGUAGGUCUUAAAUAAAUAGAGAUAGAUAUCUAUAUUUUGUACUCUAAAUGUGUGUACUGUUUUCAGCUGUUAGUGAACCUCACCAUAUCUUGUCUUGUACAGCAUUUAUUCUGCCCAUUUAUCCAUAUCUGCUAAAAGGCUAUUUCCGAAGGAUGUGCGACUUCAAAUAUAUGCUAAGUACCCCUUAUGAUCACAUACCACUUGAUGUUGGCAAGUUAUGACCCACAUUUCAAAAUGUAUGUGGACCUGGAUUCAACUAGUGUUUAUAAAACCCAAUUGUUUCUUUUAUUUAGGUACUUUUAAGUGGUUCUACUUAUGCAAAGACAUUGUUCAUUGUACAUUUAAAAAAGGUAAAGAAAAAAACACUCAUUUUCUAGUUGGGUUGGGGCAUGAUUACAGGAUCUUGACUCAAAAUAAACAGUUCAUUGUAUUCAAAUUGCCCGCAGCACCCAAAAUGCUACAGUUGUUUUUGAAGGAUUUGUCAUCAAGUUUGUGCAACUCUUUUGCCUCCAUAAACUGUAGCUCUACACCCACAUUUUAGAAGUGCUUUACUGAUGCCAAGAGCAAACGCUUACAGUUCCAUUUAUUAGGAUCAUAUUGGUUUUAUCAAGGCAUUUUUUCCCCAUCUCUGUUUAUUUCUACGUGGUAUUCUUUACCACUUUUUCUUGGUCUAUACUUUUAUUAUUUAGUAACCAUUUAAUAUUCCUUUCUUUGUUAGGGUUUUUUUCUGUAAAUAUUUGUAAUAUUUGUAAUUUAUAUAGUUACAGAAAGCUUUUAUGCGAUGGAGAGGUUUUGGCAGCAUUCUCGGGGUAGAUUUAAAUCUUUACAAGCAAUGAAUUGGUUCUAAAAUGUCAGCAUUUAAUUGUGUGAAAACAUGAAGGUGCAGAACAUGAGGUCAUAUGUAAAUAUAUGUUGUAAUUUAAGUUCUUUUAUAGUUGAAAAACUUUUAAAUCUUUCUUAACUUGUACAUGAUACAUUGCUCUAUUUGGAAAAUAUCUAAAAUAGUUUUUUUUUAUAUUUGUAUGCAGUAAUUGUCUUGCUGCUUAGUUUGUCAUGUUGUCUUGUUAGUGUAAUCGUGAAAAUGUUCUUGAAAAAAAAAAAACAUUGUUUAAUUUCAAAUAUUUAGUUCAUUAUUGACUAUUGUUGAUACCCACUCUUGUGUUAGCGUGUACUGUGUGUUUUUAAAAUGUGUUUAAAUACGAUCUGGAAAAGAUAAAAUGUACAUUGGGCAAAAAAA